GUAAUCUACUUUCUAGACUAAAUGAACUGUAAGUGAAUAUGCUGGAUAAUCGAAUAUGCCGGAUAAUCGAAUAGAUAAACCACGCCUUGAUCCACCCACUUUAUUGAUGAACAGCAGUGCCACAUGGUUGUCUGCACAUGCGCCGAAGAUAAACAGACAUGUCUCCAUGGUAACAGCUGCAACGCGCAUGUGCAUUGGAGGGACACGCCCAUUUUCUGAAUUAUUUAAUCUGAAAGAAAGAAAACUGCCAAGCCAGAUAAUUGAGGUUCUGGAUAAUGGAGGGCCGGAUAAUGGAGGUUCUACUGUACCAUAUUACUAGAAUAUUUUGUGGGUGAAAAACUUUUGCGAAUGAGCCAUAUCAGCAGAAAAUUUGACCGUUGUGAUCGAACUAUUGCGUUCUGGUAAGGAUCGUGUGUGUUUACUAGUGGUAAUUUAGAUUUUGCGGAUAUUAGGAAUUGAUCUUAUGUUUCACGGACAUUUAAUCCCCAAAAACAGACCAGGGUGGCAGGCAAAAGAAAGAAAAAUCGAUGAAUAUCAUUAUAAAACCACAAACAGAGUCACAACAAACCAUAAAGUUAGCCUCGUUCCCAGGCCUUACUUUUUCUUGCUGUUGUCACUGUUCAUCCAUAAACAUAAGAAAGACAUAGUGAGGCAGCAAAGAAAGAAAUGGGCGUACAGUUAAGAAAACGUAAGGCCUGGUUUGGGAAAUCGCGUGAUCCACAAGGAUUUUUAUGAACGUGGGCGAUAUGUAGCCCACAAUCGUGACGUAAGGUAUUCUCCCACGCAUUCCGAGUAAGACUGUACUGUACUGCACUGAGACAACCACCAAGCUGUGCUGCAAGUCAGAUCAGAGAACCAGCGUGGCCAGCUCUGGUGGCAGUAGCUACCUGCUAUAUGAUAAUGAUGACUAAGCUAUUCUACUAUAGCAUGUAGAAAGACACAAGAAAAGGUAAUAGUGAUAGAAUCUAAACACACAAUCUAGACUAGUAGAUUAUCUAGCUAAGCCUAAGGUAUAGCUAGCUAUAGUGCUUGCAAACUUCCAGUUCCAAGUCCAUGUCCAGCUUGCUGCAGGCAAAGUUUUACUAGUCGUAGACCUCUGCGUGGGCAGUCCAACAUCUCUAGCUCAGUAUGCCCACGCUCAUUUUCACCCUUCUACCACCCUUCUACCCUCACGCGACUUCCCGAUACAGGCUCUCCUUUUUCCUAACUUUACGUCUAUUUCUUUCUUUAUUCCUCCAAUUAAUACCGUAUUUUAUCUCAUUGAACGAAUAAUACAGUAUUUUAUCUUAUUGAACGAUUGUGAUAAAGAACAGAAAAAGGAGAGCCUGUGUAGAGGCUACCAUAAAGUCACUUUAGCAAAAUAUAUAAUGUGGCCAUUUUGACCUCUGACCUGGACCACACUUUUUUUGGCAUUCUGCAAAAAUAUGACCCGGAAAAUCCGUGAAACAUAAUGGUGUGGCCUUAUUGUUGCGAAUUGAUCAACCAUCGCAAAGUUCGCAAAUGUUUGAUGCUCGCAAAACAUUCUAGUAAUAUGGUACUAGCUGUAGAACAUAAGCACCACCAUAAUUUAGGCGCCAGUUGGGCUGAACGAAAUUGUUUGCGCCACUCAGAAGUGGAAUAAAUUUUUCUGGCGAUAUAAUCAAUCAAAUGUGGUUUCUCUAUGAUUAAUUAUAGCUAGCUUGAUCAUGACCAAGGACGUACAAAAUUUGAACACGUACAAAAAUAAUAAACAGCAUGAAGUCUAAUCUUACCUGACUUAAUAAGCAGAGUCCCCAACAGUAUUAAGCAGGUAACAACAAUCUGUGAAUUGACAAGCGUGAGUCGAGUAGAUCUCUAGCACUGACAUAAUUACUUCUACUAGCUACACGGACUGAUAGAUCGUCAGACACAAACAUACCUUUACCCUCAUAGCGACAUUUACAUCUAACAUAGUUCUUUAACCUUAACCAAAAGUAAGGCAAAUCACAAAGUCACGAAUUAUUAUCUGGCUCCCUGGGGCCGGGGGUGGACAGAAUAGCCUAACUGUAAACUGGACCCCGAUUAUAAUUUUGAGUUGGGUACUGGUCGGGCCGGCCGUUGGAAUGCUUCAGUGUUGUCGCAUAGAUAGGUAGCCUCGAGACCAAGCCGAUUAAAAUACGGCCUGGUACCUAUUGCAUGGGUGAUAGUGCACAUGCGUCAACUUUCAGCCGUAGUGCAUCGUAUUUAACAAGAUAUAAAACGGAAAAUACACAAAAUAAGAAUACUUUAUACCGCAUGGUUCCUACGAAAUCGUGGUUAAAUAGACGUCCGCUACCAGAGAAACCGCACUGUGCAGGAUUUGCAGCACUUCUUUGACUAAACAAAGCAUAUCAUUAUUCUCCAGAGAAUGUAAAGCCUCAGACUCAGGUCUUGCAGAGAGGCUCAGCAGGGUCAUAGAUGUGCCAGUCAUUGCAAAUGAUGGUCUUUCACAGCACAUUUGCAGGCCUUGUAACAGGAAGUUUGUAUCAGCUGAGUCUUUUAGAGUUCUAGCCAAGGCUAGCUAUGAGAAGAAUAGGACAUCUCUACCCAGGCCUCUCACAGGCGUCACCGGCAGCCCCAAGAGCACUCACGCUUCAAGAAAGAGAUCCAAGGACACUAGUGGGGUUGGAGUAUCUCCACACACACAACAAGUCAGACCAACAGCAAAGCGGCAGACUGUUGGAGCGUCUGGUAGGAGGCUCUGUUUUCCAUGUCCAGGACGAGAUGACUGAUCGGAGUGAUGCGUCUUUGAGAGACAUGAGCAACGUUCCUCCAGCUACUCGUGUUGAGAGUUCUCGCCAGACUGCCAAUAUUCAGCAACCCAAUGCUGGAAUGCAGUGCACUCCCCAGAGUACCAAUACCACUGCUACUGACAUGAAGUCAGUCAAGAUAUCGGUGUACUCACCAAGCAAGAGGGUGAUAUGUACAGUAUCCAUUCGUCCAGAGCUUGAGAAGAUUGCAAAGGCACUGACAGGGGGGAACCUGCAGUCAAUUUGUAGGGCUGUUUUCUCAUACCCUCAGCUCAGGGACGAAGCUGUGUCUCGUAUCUCGAGAAUGGUAGAUGUUGAGUGUGCCUCGUUGUGCAGCAAGAGUUCACAACCUGUGUCACUGUUCCGGUCCAUGACCAUUGAGCAAGCAGAAAGCUUUUCCUGGAGACAAACAGUCACUGAGCUUGAGACCAAAGCACCAACUCUCCACCACAUUAUUGAUUGUGGUAUCACCCACUCGUCCAAGAGGAACAAGCUGAAGAAGGGAGAGCGACAGUUCCCAGGACUAAGCACAGCAGUGGCUAUCCUCUUGAAGGAACGCAACAAAACGAUGUGUGGGGUUCAAUCCUAUCUGUCGAGUGCCCUCUUUUCUACUCACAUCCAGAAGAAGGCUUGGACUAGGCUCAACCACAUCAACGUGACCCUCAGUUACAACGCAAUACUGAAGCGUGUGAAUAUGAUCAGUAAAGGUCACACUAAAGUGCUUGAUAAGUGGUUAAAGGACGGGGCAUCUGUGAAGUUCGUGGGAGACAAUGUCGACAAGCAAGUCAAUAUACGAGACAUUGCAAGUGACCAUCAUGGGAAGCUCAUGCAUAUAUGUUCAGUAUAUUUGCUGUCAAGGCCCGUGUCUCACCUCCUGCUCCUAUCGCUGAUUUGUCUCGUUCUAUGCUCUGCACAGAGACUGUCGAGUGCUUCCUGCCAUCCAAAGAGAAGACAUCAUUGUUAUCCAAGGAGACUUAGAAGUACUGGUCAGUCGAAUACUGUGCGAUUACAUUAAGGGCCUUGAGAAGUUGAAGAGGUUGGUCACUAAGCAUAUCCCACAUCAAUACAGUGAAGAGAUGGCAGUAAGGUCAGAGGUGGUUGUAUUGGAUGUACUGCACAACAAUGAGAAUGUGAGUAGUGAAAUGAUAGAAAUAAUGAGAACAAUGGUGUCGUACCUGGGAUCAGACCACAAGCACACGGCUGCUGUAUGGGGGUGAUCACCUCACAUGUGAGCGAGAGCAGGGUGCCAAACGUCAUGUGCAGUGCUCCAAUACUCCUGGAGGGAGGAUUGAACAACUUGAGCCAUGCAUUGAGGACUGGCAUUGUGUGAUGAGCUUUAUGAUUCUCAUCUGGCAGAAGCUGCACAAGGACAGCCAAGAAGAUUACGGCACUCUCAGCAGUCUUUUUGCUCGCAUUGGAUGCUCCAAGGCGAAGAAACCGAAGAAUGACAUGCACACGUACAUGUCAAGCUGCCUUCCUCAAAGUCUUCAAGGGGCACAUAGUGACAGCAGGCUGUAAGGAAUUUGACAUUGAAGGACCCGAUGAUGAGAUCAAGGACAAAGAGGUAAACCAAUCUCUGCUGAGUAGUGUGGCCCAGAGUCGGGAAAAAGACGAAAUAUGCACUAGAGGCACUUAGGCUUCAAUUUCAACUUGCCACUCUCCAGCCAUAUCUCUCUCAUCAGCUGACCUGGGGCCGCUUCAUCAACACUCAUGGCGGCCUAGGACGGAACAUCCCAUGUGAUCUCCACAAUGAGCACAUAAACAAGCUUUACAAGAAUUUCAUCUCGAACAUGGGUGCCAACUUUACGAAGACUGCCAGCACCUGGGCAGCACGAUCCGUAUCGUCUCUUCAUCGAAUCUCCAUGGCCUUUGACAAGCAGACUAACAUCCACCGUGAAGUAACAGCUCACAGCACGAGGUCAGAUGAGAAGGACGUCAAGACAGUUGUAGCUGUGCUUCAGAAGGCUGAGGUCCUCAGCGUUAUUGUGAACCGGUCUCACAGAAUGUUCCCCAAAUUCUCCCCAGACCCCCUGCAUCAAUUAAACAGAGAAAAAAUGAGCACAUGGAUCAAGAGGAAGGCUAAAGAAUACACAAGGAGCGAAACCGCUAUGAGAAUUGACUCAGACACCGAGGAUGAGGACGUGUAGUCUAAAUUUAUAAAAUUAGGCUGAUAAAAACAGUGAAAUUGAUCAUUUUUAAUGUUGAUUUUUCUAAAAAGUAAAGAGAAUUUAGCUCUAAAAAGUCGACUAAGCCAUGCAGCCACUAUUACUAGACAAAUAAAUGCUAUGCAAGAAGAAAUAGCCUUUACUAUGAAGUCGUAGGAGGGACAGGCCCGUGGUGUGUCUAAAAGUAUACUAAAGCAAUUUGAAGGACUAUACUGCAAACGUUUAUGAAUAGUACAGCUUAUUUAUAGCAUGAAGCCAUUCUAUGUAGCACUUAGAUACAUAAUAACCAAGUUAAGCAAUGUCCUUUGCUGUUUUGACUUCACAGGAGGGACAGAGAAAAGUUGACAUAGAGUAAUUCAAGCUAAACUCAAAAAAAUUGGAAACAGAGUAAAGACAACGGACUUAGAGCUUGUCAGUGGUAUAAGCUUACUUCUCUCAAGUAUCUCCCAGGCCCUGAGUGAUCUCUAGUGGAUAGGAGAGCUAGAAACCAGGGAUACAAAACCGUAGCGCAGUCCUCCAUGUAAUUAUUUGCGAGCGCAAUAAUUACACGGAGUGCUUCACCGGAUGUCAGUCCUUUUACAUAGGGCGUGGGCGGUCGUUUCCAAUCCCCUUUCUUUUGUAUCUCUGGUACCAGGUACAGUAGACUCUCGCUAUUCCGGCUCCCUGAAGUACGGCCACCUCGAUAUACCGGCCAUUUGGCUUGGCACAGAAUGCUAGCUAUAUGUUUACUGCACAAAACUCGACCUGAAGUACGGCCACUCGCUAUUCCGUUUACCGGCCAGUGCUAGCUGUCCCAAACAAGGUUUUCUUAUCUCUUUCCUUGGCAAUCUGUUGUAGAAAUUACAACAACGGUAACGAAUCGUUAUGAUGAAUUAGAUGAAGUUGUAUGUGAGCUCCUCCCUGACAAACAAACUGUAGUCUAGGUAACGGCCUUAUCAGUCAAGUAGGCUAAAAAUCUGUGUCCUUUGAUGUAAGCUUUGAUGUCUCUUUAAAAAAAAAAAAAAAGAAACCUUUGACUAGCUAGGAAGAGUAGCAGUAGUAGUAGUAGGAAGAGUAGCAGUAGUAGUAGCAGUGCAAGCAGGACUAGACUAGAUUAAAAAGUUGGUGGAAAGAAUAACUGACCGUUUGGACGUCACCUGGCUGCCAGACUUUCAUCUGGACUCUUCCCCCUGAGUAGCUGGCCUUUCUCUAAGCCACAAAACUGAGCAAGAAGCUGAAGAAGCAGCUAGACAGAGACAUGUACCUAGCCUUGAGAAUUGGGAGGCGUGGCUCAACUAGUUAGCCCAGCCCAGAGGAAUUGUUACCGUGGGUACUGAACAACCGUAGAAGUAGGGCUACCCCUGGCUUUACUGAAUUAACUAGCUGUGUCUGCAGUCUAGUUGGACCAGAUUUAGCUAGAUAAUGGGGUAGAGAAUAGUUGAGCGGUGCUGUGUGUAGCUUGAACUGUACUGGCUGGCAAGAAUCUAGUAAGCACCCUAUGCACUGAUAACUCGUCAGAACCAGAGCAGUAACCAGAGAAAAAAAAAUUUAAACAUGGCUGACAAUAAACCAAGGCUCAAGGUAAGUGUAUAAAUAAGGCCAUACACAAUAGAGUAUGAGUAAAAUCUGUUCAGCUCCAGGUCAGCUACAGUAACAACCCUCCAGUAAAGUUUUUGGAGGAGUUAAGAAAGCUUGCUUCUAUCCAUGAGGUCACAAUAGACAGCAUCGAGACCAAACCAUUUGAUGAAGUUGACGAAGGGUUGUCGAAUGUGUGCAUGGAACCAGACAGUGAGGCUCUCCCUCCAGCGAAGAGGCCAAAGAGAGGUGGAGGGCAGAGACAGCCGAGAAGUGGAGACAGUCAAUCUCAUAAACCUGAGAAAGUUGUUGGUGGCUAUGAGAAGGGUGAUCCUCCUCCUGUAUUGGGCGGAGAAAACCCAUGUGAACACUGCCACUUGUCACCCUGUGUCACAGCUACACCACCCAGCUGGUUGAGAGGGUCGGCAGUAGCUAAUUUGGGGAACUUAUGUAAGCGAUUCAAAAUGUAUCGGAAGUUUUGGACACUUUUGAGCACCUUAGGAGUGUGGAAACACCCUUUAUAUAUACUGCACAAAAACACAAAAACAACAGCACAGGACAGAAGGGAUGUAAUGCCCACUUGUGUGCUAAGGGAGGUGCGUGGGCGGUUUCCGAACCCACCAGGAGUUCCGUACACAGACUAUAAAUCGUCUUCUUCAUUUAUUGUCCUAUGAAAUGUAAAAUCUAAAAAAACAA